AUGGCAGCUGAACAAAGGAAAUUGCUGGAGCAGCUAAUGGGCGCAUCUCAUUCUUCCCUCACGUCCCAAAUAUCCAUAACUGACCCCAAACUCUGUCGCUCAUUUCUCGUGGGUACAUGUCCACACGACCUCUUCACAAAUACCAAACAAGAUCUUGGCCCUUGUCCGAAAAUCCACUCUGAACCGCUGAAAUCUGAAUACGACGCUUCUCCGGAACUACAAAAACAGAAAUGGGGAUUCGAAUAUGAUUAUAUGCGUGACCUUCAGAAGUAUAUCGACGACUGUAAUUGUAGGAUUGAUGUAGCACAGAGGAGGCUGGAAAAAACGCCUGAUGAGAUACGCCAGACAAACGCGCUACUGAAGCAGAUUAGUGACCUAAAUAAAAGUAUCGAAUCUGGAUUGCUUGAGAUUCAGGUUUUAGGAGAAGCUUCCGAGGUUUCGCGAGCGUAUGAAGAGUUUUUUCGUAUUCGCCAGGCCAUGCAGACUAAAAGCGAGAAAGAACGCGACUUGAAGAGCCUAAGCGAUACAAGUGGGCCAUCCGGUCAUCAAAAGUUACAAGUAUGCGACGUGUGCGGAGCUUACCUCUCGCGCUUGGACAAUGAUAGACGACUAGCAGACCACUUCUAUGGAAAAAUGCAUUUAGGGUAUGCAAAUAUGAGAAAAACCUUUGAAGCUUUUCCAAAAGAACUUAGAGGCCGGCGAGCUCCUGCAGAAACAGACAGUGCCGCGGACGGAAGCCGCAAUAAUUUUAGCAAUGGCUUUGACGACGGUGGAUUCGGCGGAAGAGGAUCAUUUGGUGGAAGAGGAGGCGGACGUGGUGGGUUUCGGGGGAGAGGAAGAGGAUUCAGAGGUGGAUGGUGA